AAUGGAGGAAGGAAAUUGGGAGGUUUCUUCAGCUGAGGCUCCACCUUGUUUCUCUAUCAGCUUCCUGAGUAUACAGCAGGGCUCCAGGAGGAAGGACUGGCAUGCGGCAUGUGUAAGCUGUGCGGGGUACAUCAGGGUAAAUAACAGCGGGGUCAAUUAAAUAGAAAAUCAAGGGGUGUAUGAGAAAUAGUACAACACUCCUUCACACAAGGUCCAGAACAUCUCUGUAAGAAGUCUGAUGAAAAUGUCAUGUUCUCACUAGAUUAUAAAAUAGAAGGUGAAGAUAUUGGGCAGCGCUCUUCAGGAGAGAACUUCAUUACCCAUAAUGUACAUCCAGGACUUCAAAGUACAGCUCCAUCAUAUAAUCCUCCUAAUCAUGAGGAACCUUCUCCAGACCAAUCACAGAUUGUUACCACAAGUACCGGACAGAAAGGGGGUGAAAGCAUUCAGUGCGGGGAAUGUGGAAAACAGUUUAAACAAAGAUCAAGUCUAUAUGCACACAGAAGAAUUCACACAGGAGGGAAGCAAUUUUCUUGUUCAGUUUGUGGGAGAUGCUUUACAUACAAAUCACAGCUUGUUAAACAUGAGAGAAUUCACACUGAAGAGAAACCAUUUUCAUGUUCAAUAUGUAGGAACUGCUUUAAAUGUAAAUCAGAUCUUACUAAACAUGAGAAAAUUCACACGGGAGAGAAGAGAUUUGCAUGCACAAUGUGUUUGAAAUGUUUUUCAAAUAAAUCAGGUCUCAUUAUACAUGAGAGAAGUCACACAGGAGAGAAGCCAUUUUCAUGUCCGGAAUGUGGGAAAUGCUUUACAAAUAAAUCGGAUCUUGUUAAACAUGAGAGAGUUCACACGGGGGAGAAACCAUUUUCAUGUUCAGAAUGCGGUAAAUGCUUUGUUACGAAAACCAAACUUAAGGAUCAUAGAAGAAUUCACACAGGGGAGAAGCCGUAUUCAUGUUCAGUAUGUGGGAAAUGUUUUACAGAGAAAUCAUAUCUUGUUAGACAUGAGAGAAUACACACAGAUGAAUCAAGUGCUAUUAUAUAUCAAGGAAGUAACUCUGUAUUGAAGCCAUAUUCGUGUUCAGAAUGUGAUAAGUGUUAUAAAGAUAUAUCGGGUUUUAUUAUACAUCAGAGAAGUCACACAGGAGUGAAGCCUUAUUCAUGUCCAGAAUGUGGGAAAUGUUUUGCAAGGAAGUCAAUUCUUGAUGUACAUCAGAGAAUUCACACAGGAGAAAAGCCAUAUUCUUGCUCAGAAUGUGGGAAAAGUUUUACAGAUAAAUCACAUCUCGUUGUUCAUCAGAGAAGUCACACAGGAGAGAAGCCAUAUUCAUGUUCAGAGUGUGGAAAAGGUUUCAUUACUACAACAAAACUUAGGAAUCAUCAAAGAAGUCACACAGGGGAGAAGCCAUUUACAUGUCCAGAAUGUGAGAAAAGUUUUUUUACUAAAGCCAGUCUUGAGGAUCAUCAAAGAAUUCACACAGGACAGAAGCCAUUUACAUGUUCAGAAUGUGGAAAAUGUUUUACGCAAAAGUCAAAUCUCAUUACACAUGAGAAAAUUCAUGGAGAUAAAUCAUUUUGAUGUUCUGUAUAUGAAAAUUUUUAACAAUGAAAUCAAAUUUUGAGAUUUAGAGAAUUUACACAAAGGGGAAACCAUAUUCACAUCCACCCCCAAUAAGAGAGUUUAUUUUUAGGUAGCAUUAGCCUGGAUCUGCCAAACAUGGUGGAUAUAAGGAAGAAUCGAAGAGCAGAGCAGAGCAGUGAAGAUGAAUUGUCCCCAUGAACCUCGCUUCUUCUUACUGUUUUCAUAUCUCCACCCACACUGCUGGAUAAGCUAGAGGCACACAGUAAAGGAGGAAGAACUCCCCAUGUAGAUUUUUAUAUAAAUAAUAACUUAAAUGUAUUUAUUAUUUCUUAUGAGAUGCUGUCUAUAAUCUUUGACAAACAUGUCUUUUGUUCCUGUGGCCAAAUAAUGCUAUCUGCAUCUUCUAUCCAUAGUAGAUAGAAUUCUGGGAAAAGGAGUGUUGAUCCAGGGUGUUAUUCUAAUUGCUUAAUUGGAGCAGGUAAGGAAUUUAUCCCCUGAAAAUAUGGAAAAUUGGCUCCUACCUCAUGUGUUUUUUUUAUUUUGCCUUUCUCUGGAUAAACUUUGCAGGUGUUACUAUGUAAACUAUAUUGUUGCCCAGGUGUUUUUUCUAAACGUGUUAUGUUCACAGUGUCCCAGCUCGUGAUGUGGGCUUGACUGCAAACAGUUGAUCUACCUCCGUUAACACAAUAUUGUACUUUUUGUCCAGUUCAGUCUACAAAUUUGGCAUAAAUCACAUUUAAAGCAAAGUCCACACCCCCCAAAUAUCUGUUGCCAUGACCUGUUACAUCCAAAGGGACUCCAAUCUGCUAACACUCACAGGAACACACUACUUUUAAGCAUAACUCUUUUACAAAGGCUAUGGAUUAUUAGAGUGCACAAGGACUAAACAUUAAAGUUUAAAGCUUUAAUACAAAAAGGUAUUACAAGACAAAAUAACAUGACAUGCAAAACAGUAAUACAAUGAAGGGGAGAAAACAACAGUGGACCCAACACCUACAAACAGUAGUCUUUUCUGUUGCCUUGAGGGUAGGAGAAGCAACAAUUCACAUUGAGUUCUAACUGCUCUGAAUAUAAAAUCACUGUUUUAUUGUUCCCAACCUGUUUUCUACUUUGAGACCUUGGCACGGGUUUCAGAGCAUCCCUUCCAAUUCAUUAUCCGAGUCAGAAAAUUCAUAAGGGACAAGUACAAUUCAUAGUACCUGUCCCUUGAUUCUCCUCACUGUAACAGAGGUCUAUUUGCCCAUUCUUUGAAGCUUGUACAAAUAAGGCUCAGGUGUCAUGUCUCCCACUUCGUAUUGGCCAAGAGACAACCCUUUGAAUCUGGAUUUCUUGGUGUCUACUCUCUUUCUUGCAUUUUGCAGACUGGUCUAGACCAUUUGCAGUUGUUCAAAAUCUUCACUUUCUAAAUUUUUUAAUGAUUGAUAUGCUAUUGGUUGUGCAUCCUCCCUUUCCAGAUUCAUAGGCAUCUAUAACCUUUCUGAAGGGCUCAGCUUAAUCAGAUGCUGUGUUGGUAUUCAAUUUCCCCAAAUUUAUAUCUAAUACAUUUGUUUGGGAUGUCUGCUCAUCAGAAACUGAAAUCUAUGCCAGGUAGGAGAUGUUGGGUAGAUGUCUGUUGGGCCAUAUAGCAACUUUUUCUUUAGAGAAUGCCAAGACUGUUCAAAGCUGUCAUCAAACCAAAAGGGGGCAACUGUGAAGUAUCUAAAGUAUAAGACAUUCUGGAUUGGGAUUAUUUACUACUUAACUCCAUAUGUGUUCCCUCGUCGUUUCCAUGUCUUUAAUAUGAAUUUACAAUGAAAAAAACAAAGAACAAGAAAAACCAUGGAAUAAAAAAGGUGUCCAUACUUUUGGCAGGUAUCGUAUUUGUGUUACUAUCCACAGAGCCAUGAUUUUGAAGAACUUUGCUGUGAUCAUAGA